AUGAAAAUGGUCGAAUCCGAUAUUUUCCAAGAAACAGUUUCCUCUUACAUACAAGCUGCUUCUAAAAUGAAAGCGAGCGAAUCCGAUAAUCUCCAAGAAAUAGUGCAGGCCUUUAAAACUAGUAUGACAGAGUGUAUAAGAAUAUUUUCGGACUGUACACAAAUUAAGACUGAUGAUUUAAGAAUUAAAAAUCAAUUAAUAGAAAAAGUUACUACUAUUCGUUUGGAAUUUCGAAGGUUUGCUGAGAAGUCUGUUGAUUACUGCACCAAAUUAUCAGGCUAUAUUGUGGACUUGAAAGGGGUCAUAAAUCUUGUUGAUGAUGAAACAAUUCAUAAGGAAGAUAUCAUCGAAGAGCUAAAAUCAUUAUCUGAUGAAACCAAAGAUUAUGAUGCAAUUUCACAGGAUUUAUUUAAACAACUCAUGAAUAUUGUAGAAGAGUUUUUUGAUUUUAAGGGAGAAUCUAAAUCUCAUAAAGAUGAAAUCGAAAAAAAAAUUGCUGAAAUAAAAAUUGAAUUAAAAAAUGCUGAAAAUAAAAAACAAAAGGCGAAAGAACUAUAUGAUAAAGUUAAACCAACACUCUGGAAAAGAGUUCGUAGUGUAGGACUAACUGGUGUUUCUGGAGCGAUUCUACCAGAAAUUGGAAUCAUCGUUGCAUUUUUACUCCUAUAUGCUGAUUAUUCAAACAGGAAUAAAGCCGCAGAACAAAAAACUUUAAUUGAUGCUUUAGUUAAAUUUAUAAAUGAUAAAAAUAAUUUAAAGGAAGAAAAAACAGGAUUAAUCAAAUAUUUAUUAGAUCUAACUGAAGCAUUCGCAGAAAUUGCUAUAUCACUUUAUAAAUUUCAAGUUUGGUGGGAUAAACAAAGAAUGAUAUUUCCUAAAAUCCUUAACAAGCUGGAUAAAGCAGAAAAAGAAAAUAGAAUCAACACACUUCAAGUUAAACUUAUCAGUGGUUACCUAGAAAUAUUGAAAUCUUCUAUUUCCGCUAUUUCUGACUGUAAUUAUGCAAUCUUAGAAAUGUUAAUGCGUGAUAGAAUAAGUAAUUAA